AUGCCAUCUGAUAUAUAUAUUUCUGGAUAUGUAAUCAAUUUAGGUCAGCACUCUUGUCCAAGUAAAUUGUUUCUUGGAGUAACACCUUUAUGGGAUGAAAGUAUGGAAAACCAACGUAUAUCUGUAGUGGAUUUGGCACGUAGAGUGCAAUUAAAAUUGAAUGAACAAUUGAAAAAGAGAUCGAACGGUGUCGUUGCCAACCAAUCCAUUCUUUAUUUUCCGUUACAUCCAGCAGUUGCUGAAGUAAUUGAGAAUUCCUAUUCCCACGAUGAAAACAUAACAGAUGAAAUGAUUCUGGACUGUAUGGUGAGAUUGACACAAAUACAAUCAAAUCAAAAACCUAUCGAUCCCUGUCUGAGAUUUUCUGCUCUAGUUUUGGCUAUUGAAGAUUAUUUAAAAUUUCGAAAGACCACAAUCAAUAUGACGAAUAUUAUUAAUUGGACUAAUCCGAGCUGGAAUCGUAGCAAAUUGAUUGCAGAAUUAAUGGCUAGUGGGAUGGAAUACGAUCGAGAAACAGAGACAGUUUUAUUUGAUUCAAUUCAAUUGAAAGUUCCACGUCUGAUCAGUAUAAAGAAUAGUGGAAUUGAUUUUAAAAGUCUUAUAUUUGGACAACACAAUCAAAAAGACAUAAUUGAAUUUGAUCAAAAGGAGGACCAAUCUUCCAGUAGACGAGAACGUGUUACUUCGUCGAUUGAAGUCCAUGUUGACCACAUUGACGAUUAA